AUGGAGAGCACUGACACCGUUGCUUUUGUAAAAGAACAGAAACAAGCCAUUUUUGAUGAACUGGAUAAUGCCUCUCAAUUACAACAUGAGUCAGAUAAAAGAAGCAAAAUUGAUGCUAUGUUUUUAAAAGCCGAAGAAGUUAAAAAGCACGUUCACAAACACCUCUCUGCAAUGAUUGCUUAUGAAAUAAGAGUCUGUAAUGACCUGAUCAAGGAGAUUGACUUGCGAAUAUCACGAGAACGAGAAGCAGUUAGUAGCAAACCUUUCAAAUUUUCAUUCAGCCUCAAAGCCACAGCUGCUGCUAAGGCAAACAAAGCAGCCGAAGUUAAGCCAACUGCAACUUUCAACACUGAAGAUCAGCCUGACUCGAAAGUGCUUUUGCGAAACAACAUCGGUUUGUCCGGCCUAUCUGGUGAAGAGAGAAUGCUGAGUAGUGAUGAGCUUGACCAGAAGGAGGUCGUCCUUGACUCACUCACCGACUGUGUCAUCUCCCUGCAAGGUGCUCCAAGUGCACUUCGACUGAUUAAUCUGCGACAGUGUCGAAUAUUCUCAGGGCCUGUUUCAGGGUCCGUCUUCAUCAGCAACUGCCAGCGGUGUCAGAUGCAAAUCGCCGGCCAUCAAUUGCGCAUUCACGAUACAACCGACUGUGAUAUUUACCAGCACGUUCGAAGUCGUUCCAUUGUGGAGAACUGCUCCAAACUUCGUUUUGGACGCUAUACCUGGUCUUACGAUAAGCUGGAGGCAGAUUUCGCAAAGGCGGCCAUUGAUAGAGCUGUGAACAACUGGACACAGAUUGAUGACUUUAACUGUCUCAGCAAUCCAUCGCCAAACUGGUCUCUUAUUGAAUAA